AUGCUGCCUUUGCAUGUUUACACUUUACACGGCAACUACAUUGUCCCAAGAUUAAUGGCAUUGUUCGUAUACACCUGCUUUUUCAUCCACCAUUGUUGUGUGUGCGUAAUUGACAUCAAAUUUAUCUUGCUCGGCUUGGAACGCCGUUUCGCCUUUCAGCAACGGGAGGUCUACGAACACGACAAUGGUGCUUGUGGACGGAAACUUUUGGUGAUUACUGUAGGUACAGUCUGUACAACGAAUCGUAAAAACACAAAAAUUUAUUCACUAUAGAAAGGCUUCUUUACGUGGGGGGUUGUUUUAGCAAUAAUUGACUUUUUUGUAAUCUCUGGUUCGUUUUAGACAACUUUUGGUGUUUGGAACUUUUUUGUGCAGAGUGGUAAUCGUAGGAGAAACUACAACCCUGCAGGCUAGCUUUCUCUAUUUUCUCGGCCGUCAUGUUUGAGAAUUUUAGAUUGGACUUGUGAUUUCUGAGACGUUGAUUCGGUGCAUUUUGAAAUACUUUACCUCAACCGAAACGGACAUCGACCUGCUUCUGCGGGAUAUUUUUUUAUUGGAAAAUUCGCCAGCGAUGAUUUUUGUUUGCCAUGUCGUUUGCUUCAUCAGUCUGGUCUACGGGUUUCUUGUAGGUCCACAAUAUUUUUUUUAGCUCAGCCAAGAAGGCAUGUCAAUAUGUCAGAAACUGCAACUUUUCUAGGAAUUCCAUUUUCUGAACCACUCAACAGCUCAUUCUCGCUACAGCAGUAAGAGCCUCAGCGAGAGCUAUCAACUGAAGGAAGUGCAGAGCGUAAUUAAAAUCGUCCGGCCACUACUGUGGUUUUAUUUCGCGUGUGCUCAGGUGUGCGUGGUGUGUGCCGCUGUCAUGGUGUAUGUGAUCUAUUUCUUGCCAGAACCUGACAUGAAGGUCUACCAUCAUAUGAUUGCGGUAUGAUUUUGUGCAGUUUUCGAUACCGGCAUUUCAAAAGAAUGCUUUAGAAGCGAUCGAUUCAACCAAGUCUUUCAGCUUGAAAACAUUGCGAUUGGAUCUUACAAUCUUUUCUCGACAAUCUUCAUGCUGCUCCACUUUUCUAAACUUCGCGUCAUUGUUUUUAACGAUCUGCUCCGGCUCUUCUGUCUAAAUCGACGUUACAGUUCAGUAACCCCCAACUCCGGCUUUGUUGUUGAAAACGCUGAACAUUUUCAGAAUCUCCAAAGCAUGUGGGAUCAACGGCUUCAAAAGAAAAUGUUUGGGUAA